AUGCUCAGGCGUGCUCUCAUGGGCGUCGGGAUUCCCACCCAGUUUUGCGAGGCCUUUGUUUGUGUGCCCGGUAUGCCAAGGAAACGGGACCCGCAUUUACCUGCUGCGCCUGACGGAUAUACAAAAACUCGGAGAUCCCCGAAUGUGCCAUGA